UGUUGAUCGACUUUGGGCCUGUUUCACGGGCUAUGCGGGAGAUUUUUAGGAAGUGCUGGUUCGAUAAUGGAACAGCAUGGCGCUUUCUAACAGCGGAGCAGAGAGAGUUCUACUUCCAGGAGUUCCAGAAAGAGUUCUGGUGGGAUAGUGCGCGUACAGCGAGGAGGUCAUCAGACAGGUCUUCAUGGUCCACGCAGCCAACCGCUACAAAGACAACAUCCACAGAAUAAGGAGGACGCAACAUAAGCAUAUUUCUGUGACCCAGGAUAUCUGGGAUGCUUGGAACGCGUUCUGGAACUCAGAGAAAGAGAAGAAAAGGUCAGAAACCGCCCGAGCAAAUCGGAUGAGCGAGCCAGCGGGCGCCGGUUCUGGACCUGUCCGCCAUACUGGUGGAUCUCGCUCUGCUCUGAAGCAUAUGGAUGUGAUGGAAAGGGAGCUUGGCCGGAAACCGAGUGCGACGGAGUUGUACACUCGCCUUCACUCCACGAAGGCUGACAAGAAGCCGGUCGACAAACGGGCUCAGGAUAUGACUGACGCCAUCACUGAGAGGCUUGCUGCGGCGACACAGCCUCAGACCGGAGAGGGUAGCUCCUCGAGCCCAGCUGCAGUGGACUAGACCCAGGUGUUUCUAGACAUCGAGGGCAUCAACAAGAAGAAACGCGUGUACGGCUUGGGU